GUUGCAGGAUUGGUAAAUUAUUGAUAAAUAGUUCUGUUUGUUUAUAAUUUUUUAAACGCCUCAGUUACAACACAAUCAUUUAUUUCAGUUAAGCAAAAGUGACUUCGCUGUCAGUGAUUCUUCUUCUACUCAGAGUGCUGAAAGAUCUAUUGCUUAACCGCAUGUAGAGAUUUUUUCUAAAAUUAGUGUAUAUGGCGGAGAAGGACGAAAAUGUGUGAGAUUUAAAUCAUGUCAUUGCAAGUAACCAUUGAAAUUGGCCAUGAGGCUUCUAUUCGAAGUAAGAAAACACAGGAUGGAUUCACACAUGACUGGGAGCUUUUUGUCCGUGGUGUAGAUGGUGCAGAUAUUAGGCAAUAUAUUGAUAAAGUUAUUUUCCAUUUACAUCAGACAUUUCCAAAUCCCCGAAGAGUUAUUAAAAAUCCACCUUACUCAAUUAAAGAGUCAGGUUAUGCAGGUUUCUCUUUGCCAAUUGAUAUUUACCUCAAAAAUAAUCAAGAACCAAAGAGAGUGAAAGCCAAUUAUGAUUUGUAUUUACAAGAUUCAGGUCCACCUGUUUCAAGAGUACAAAAAGAACAUUAUACAUUUACCAAUUUAUCUGAUGAAUUUAAAAAUCGAUUGUUAAAAGGAGGAGCAGUACCAAUCAACACAGGUAACUAUCUAGGAGAUAGGCCUUCUUCUCAUGAAGAAAAGAACCAAAUGACAAGUAAACCAAAACUAGCUGGGGUGGACAUAAAAAAACCAAAAAUGAAACAGGAUACAAGUUUUGAAAAUUUAUUUGGUACUCCAUUUCACAAAUCAGAGUCCAAAAUGAUCUCAUCAGAACCUGUAAAAUCUAAAGAUAGUAAAAGUUCUAGUUCUUCGAAAAAUGAUAAAAACUUGGAAAAGAUUAAAUCUAAAAGUCCUCAUAAAGAUAAAGAUAGAAGUAUGCAUAAAGAUAGAAAGGAAAGUGAAUCUGAUAAGAAAUCAAAAGAUGAGAAGAAAAGCAAAGAAAAAUUAAAAGAAAAAGAAAGAAGCAAAGACAAAAAUUCUAAAAAGGAUAGAGACAAAUCACCUGGUAGAGUAAGAAGCCCAAGUCCAAAAAGAUCACCAAAAAGGUCAUCUACUCCUCCUCCAAAGGAAAAGAAAGAUAAGGAAGUAAGUAAGGAUAAAGAAAGAGAGAAAGAAAAGGAAAGACAUAGAAAGGAAGAAAAAAGGAACAAGAAAGAAAAAAGGGACCACAAGGAAAAUAAAUUGAAAGAUAAUGAUAAGGAAAAGGAGCAUAAAAAUAAGACAAACAAAGAAUUUGAAAAAUCAAAGGAUUUGUCAAAGGAAAAACAAAAUCUACAACUCACCUCCCAGCCUAUAGUACAAAGUCCAUUGCCUUUAUUACAAAAAACUGAGAAGAAAGAAAAGAUUAAAGAAAAAGAUAAGGAACAAUCUAAAGAAGAUGAAAAACCUGAAAAAAACAGGUCAGACAAAUCAGAAGAGAAGAGUAAACAUAAACAUAAGAAGAAAGAUAAAGAUAAACACAAAGAUAAACAGAGGGAAGAUAAAAGUCACAAAACUGAAAAGAAGUCAGAGAAAAAUAACUCAUUACCCUCAAAUAUCAAGGAAAAUGGUAGAGAUAUUCUUCCCGCCCGGGAGACUGACAAAACAAGUCUAUUUGGCAAUAGUCCUAAGAGUGAUUCUCCUCAGGAAAUGAUCAAGAAAGACAGAGAUGAUUCACCCAACAGCUCAAAGCACAGCAGUCGGGAGCCUUCCCCUCAUCUUCCAACUAUUUGUGCGCCAGAAAAAUUGCCUGAAUCUGAAGUCUCUAGAGAUAUGGAUGUAAAUAUAAUUCCACCUACCGUAUUUAAAAAGGCUUUGUCUCCUAAGAAAAAAGACAAGAAGGAACGUAAAAAAGAGAAAAAAAGCGAUCGAGAUCACGAGAAAAAAAGAAAGCGAAAAAGUGAUCAGAGUUUGAAUGAGGAUGCUCCAAUGGAGAAAAUGUACAUUAAAGACGAAGAUGUAGCAAUUAACAAUAAUUCGGAUGAUGAACGAAAGGUAACGAGUACGGACAGCGUACAUGACGAAAAACAACAAGAGGCUGAAGAUUAUAUGAGUAUGCUACGUGAGCUACAGCACAAAAUCAUGGGUUUGAAGGAUAAUAGUGACUUGCAGAGAGUUGUUCAACUGAUAGCUGAAACAGGUCAGUUUGAGGUGUCUGCUCACACAUUUGACUUUGAUUUGUGCCUCCUGGACCGUACGACUGUGUCUCGACUACAAGACUUUUUCCGAACAGUUUAGUGACAUGUGUUGAGGUUCACUGUUUAACGGCUGCCUUGUGAUCGGUAACUAUCGAUUGUUGUUAGACUUGAGGUUUUUACUACCAGUGCACAUAGUGAUUAUCAAUUUAUUUAAUCAACUUUUUAAUUUAAUUGAAAUGUUGUUCAGGACUAGUUGUUAUUUGGAAAAAAUAUCUUCUUGCAUUAAUGCAUAAUUUCAACUGCUGUCACCUGUAACUAAAGUACAUUUAUAUUUAUAUAAUUAUUUAUUGAUACUGAGGUUUAAUUUAAUUUAUAAAAUUAAAUUAUCUAGUGAUAUACAUUUCAUUUUUUGUACUGCAUAUGUAAGCCUGUGAUAAACAUUUAGUAACGCUGACAAAUUAUAUUUAAUGAUAUUUUACAUUUACAUAUAAAUAUAUUAACUUAUACAUGCUUAUAAUUUUAACUGCAGUUAUUUUUAUCUAAAAAUAUGAUAUUUUUUAGAAAAAGGAUAAAGGAGAGAAAUGAAUAAAAGAACAAAUUUAUAUUA